UGUACCAACGAGAUAAGCGAACAUAUAAGUUAAGUAAACUGACAUACAGAUCAAACUUUCACUGUAGGUUUGUGAGGAAUCCAUGCUGUUAUACAGAAAUGUCUGAGGAGCUCUAUACCACAAUAGACUUCAGUAAGAAGGUCAGAUUUCAAGCAGGCAAGAAAGAAGAUAACAUCUUGGAUGAAUCUAUUACGAGUGAUGGAGUGACAGUUUAUGACAACUAUGUGGCACCAAAAUUACAAGACAAAUCUACUGAGGACCAACAAAAAGCUGCUUCAGUAACUGCAGAAUCAGCAAAGAAGAAUCGUGUCUUUGUUGCUGGAGUGUUUCUGGGUGUGUUGAGUCUUCUUCUCCUCUCUGCAAUCAUUGUCCUGGUGAUCCAGUUCACCGAGGACAAAAGGAAUUGGAACAUAGAGAGGACUCAGUUUGAGAUGAAGAAGUACAACCUAACCAAGGAAAGAGAUGAUCUGGUGACCAAUAACAGUCAACUAGAAAGCCUCAUGUACAACCUAACCAAAGAAAGAGAUGACCUGCAGACCAAUAACAGUCAACUACAAACAUUCAACUACAACCUGACCGAAAACAUGAGCCAGUUAGUGGCUAAUAAAGAGAAGUUGGAGGUCAUUAACAGAAACCUGACACAAGAAAAUAAUGAAUUACAAACUAAUCUUUCAAAGGCAUUGGCAAAUGUAUGUACUUAUGGGAACAGUUUUGGUGGCAACUGUUAUUUCUUCUCCAUCGCACAAAAAAACUGGUAUGACAGCAAAGCAGAAUGUGAAAAACAUGGUGCACACCUGGUGACAAUAUCCAAUAAAGACGAACAGCAAUUCAUCACCAGCAAGGCCAGUGGGGAACACUGGAUUGGUUUCACUGAUGAAGAGGAAGAAGGUACUUGGAAAUGGGUAAAUGGAGAGCCACUGAACACAAUGUACUGGAGGACAAAACAACCGGAUAACUAUAACAACAAUGAAGACUGUGCUACUGUUGUACCACAUGACUCUCUGAAUAACUGGAAUGAUCUUGAUUGUCAAAAAUCCCGUAGAUGGAUCUGUGAAAAGGAAAUAAAUAAAUGAAAUUAAUGAGAUGAAGAUGGAUGAUGCUGCAGCCUGAAACAGGAGAAGCCAAAAGAAAAAAGGGAGACUGUUAUGGCUGUUUUCUAGAUUUUUCUUUCUUUGAAACUCCUGUACAAAAUUCUGAAGUUUGUUCUCCAAAACACCUUUUUUCCCAUUGACUGUUUUCACACUGAUAUAAACACCUUCAGUCUGAUGUGUUGGCAGUUAACCACCUCCUCCAUUGAGGAGCCUGUAAGAGCUUUGCUCAAUGGCUCCUAGGUACCAGUGGAGUAAAUGCUGUUUUCUCACCUUCACCUUUCCCCUGCUGGUGUGGGGACGAUGCUGCAAUUAUUUAUAGACAGGUCAGUGGGAUUAUAGUGAGAUGUAACAUGCUGUCUGAAAUCUUUAUAAUUUUAUUUUUAUAUUUUCUGAACCUGUGGAAACAUUACAGCAACAUCAACAUUUGUAAAACUUCAAGUAUGAGAGAUGAGGAAGGGCACACUGAAAAAAACAGAAACUUUAAUCAAUAAAUUGCUUUAAUAUCUUA